AAUUUCCCUGUUGUUGUUAUGCAAAUCUCAAGAGUCAUUUUUGAUUAAGAUGUUCAGAUGUUCUAGUGGAUUUUAUGCCUACAACUGAUUAAAAUGUGCACUAUUUUAAGAAAAUGAAGGCUCAAGAUUCAGUCGUGUGCAAGAACUGCAAGUGAUUCAUUCUGUCAUGGGCAUCAUGGGCUCUUCACGCAUCGGGUUGAUGCUGAUGUUGCUCGUCAGUGUUCCGGGCUCCACCGGCUCUUGUCCGCGGCCAUGCGCCUGUUACGUGCCCGCUGAAGUUCACUGCACCUUCCGCUCGCUGACCAAGGUGCCCACGGGAAUCUCCACACAAGUUCAGCGCAUUAAUCUUGGGUUUAACACUAUAAAUCACAUCACAGACGUCGCCUUUGGUGGCCUGAGAAAACUGGAGCUGCUGAUGAUGCACGGCAACAAUGUGCAUAAAAUUCCAGAUAGUGCCUUUCAGGAUCUGGUUUCCUUACAGGUGUUAAAAAUAAGCUAUAAUAAACUGCAAGUCAUCACUGGCCACAGUUUCUCUGGUUUGUCAAGCCUUAUGAGGCUCCAUCUGGACCACAAUCGCAUCGAGUUCAUCCACCCUGACGCUUUCAGUGGUCUGACAUCACUGCGGCUGCUUCAUCUCGAGGGAAACCACCUGCAGAAGCUCCAUCCUGCUACAUUCAGCACCUUCACCCUGUUACAGCAGUUUCCCAUGUCCACACUGAAGCACCUGUACCUGUCUGACAACCUUCUGAGCAAUCUGCCCAGAGACAUGCUGAAGAACAUGCCUCAGCUGGAGAACAUCUUCUUAUAUGGGAACCCCUGGAGCUGUGACUGUGCUAUGAGCUGGAUACAGGACUGGAGAACACAUCAUUCAGGUGUGAUGAAAUGUAAGAAGGACAGAACAUUUCUCAGUGGCCAGCUAUGUCCACUGUGCGCCUCUCCUAAACACUUUAAAGGAAAAUAUAUCUCUGAUUUUAAAGAAUUCAUCUGCUCAGGACCAGCCAUCAGGUCUUCAGGAAAGGACAUCUCACAUGAGGAGAACAUCAGUGAACUUCUGCCCAUCGACAGGAUCAAACCACCAUUUGGAAAUAUCUCCCUUACUUUAUCCGAUGAGCAUGGGACUAAAGCGGACAUCAUCUGCCAAAUACUAGAACCAAGAGAGUCCAGUAAAAUCAGCUGGAAUUACACCAAAUCUCUGGAGAUCACUGCAAACAUGAGUCUUUUCUUUGACUUGGAAUGUCCUAUUGAUAGAGACAACUAUGAAAGCUUGUGGAGGCUUCUUGCAUACUACAGCGAAGUGCCUGUGCAUCUACGAAGGGAAAUCAUGUUAACCAAAGAGCCGCAGGUGAGCUACAGAUACAAGCAGGACAUUGAAAAGGACGCCUUCUACUACACUGGAGUCCGAGCCAAUGUUUUAGCCCAACCGUCUUGGCUAAUGCAAUCCUUUAUGAACAUAAAGUUGAACCGGCUCUAUUCCUCUUCUAAGAGCGUGAGGCUUAUUCUUAACACUUAUCUGUCAAUCAAUACAGACAGGGAACUCAUGAGACAGCAGAGGAGAUCUUGGGUCAUGAUUCAACAUAACAAUAAAACCCAAACAACUUUCAGCUCUAUUGUGGGUGGUGUAAUUGAAAUGGACUGCAAUGUGCAAAGCUCUGGGAACGUGGCCAUUCAGUGGAUGUUGCCUGAUGGUUCAGAUAUUAAAGCUGCAUUCAGAACACCUGACAAUAGAGUAUCUGUCUCUAGCACUGGCACGCUUCACAUUAAAUCUGUCAACCACCGAGACUCUGGAGUUUAUUACUGCAUUGCAGAGGUUGUAGGAGAUACUGAUAUUCUGCCUUUCCGUCUUUCCGUUGUGGAGUCGUCAACCCCGCUCACAGGUGAAGAGGUUGGAAGCGCUUUGACUAGAUUUGUUGGCGAGUCUGCUUCUUUGCCUUGUAUUACUAUGGCAGCACCAGAUGCGGUGGUAAAUUGGAUAUUUCCAGAUGGCCGUAUAGUGAAUGCAAAGGCAAACAAUUCCAGGGCCGUAGUCUAUUCCAAUGGGACUCUCUUCAUUCCAAAUAGCCAACUCAACAACAAUGGAUAUCACAAAUGUGUAGCCAUGAAUCAGCAUGGUGUGGAUGUACUGGCAACUAAACUCACGGUCUUGAGAAGGAAACCAAUCCAGCCACUAAAACAGUUUCCCAUUGGACCACAAUCUGUUGCAGGUGUGUCCACUAAGGUAAAAGCCUUUUUGGAGGAAAUGGAAGAAGCUUCUGGAGAUUAUUCCAAUACUCAAGAGAGAAUACUACCAAACAGAAGCUUCAUUAACCAAAGGAGGGGUCCAAAUGCAAGAAAAAAAGGACAGUCAUUUGGCAACGUCCGCCAUAGACGUCCUUUUAGGAAAGGCAUGCACGGAGAGCAAAACCAAAGAAGUGUUAAUACAAAGAACAUAAUAGACCCCCAGAAAUGGGCCGAUAUUUUGGCCAAAAUUCGUGAGAAAACGGCCAACACAUCACGCCACAUUGUCCAGCAUUCUUCACCGGUGAAUUUAGCAAAGCCAGGAACGAUUGACAACACAGAGGGUUCAUCUCCAGAUGGCAUAAAUCCACAAGAAGAACCAAACACUUUCGGCACUCCACACGAAAUGGGUCAUCAUGUUUACAACACUCCAACAAUUACACCUCAGACUGAGGAACAAAACCAUAACAUCAACCAAACUGCUCCUUCAGAGUUAGACACUAGUUCAGACAAAGUGACUUACACCAGAUAUCCCACAGCUGCUUCCGAUUAUGUGAUCACAGAGAUAAAUGUUGCAGAAGGAAGGCAUGUGGGCACCAUAAGUCCACAUGAGCAGACAGAAAAUAACCGAGUAAACUUGGGACCUGUCAUCAAACUGGAGACAGAGAGUGUGGGUAAUAUCUCCAGAACGGGUGGUUUUGAUGCUGGAAAACGUAUUGUCAGCACUUCAUUUACUAAUACUUCAACUGGCAGUAUUAAGCAAGAAGCUCCAACUGCCUCAACACAAUCAAGAGCAAAAGAUCACUGGAGCACUAGGAGGCGUUUCGGAGGCAGGCGGCGCAUAGCAUUAAGAAGGCCAUUCUCAAAAAUUACUACAAGAAGACCAUGGUCAACAUCUACUGUAGCAGAAGUUAAUUUUCAAACUGUAUCAUUGACCACUGAACCUAAAACCCUAGCUGAAGACACAUCGGUUCAUCCAACUACAAGAGCUUCUGUUCAUGUAUACCCCACAACUCCAACUAAAAGCACAUUUGUCUAUCCAACUACUAGAGCUUUCCAGAGGACAUUAACAGAUGGAAUUAAUGAGGAAAAUACCAUAUUUUCUGAUGGGAAAAUUGGUUCAGACAUCCGUUUAGUGAAGCCAAUUGAUUUCCUUGAAAUUCAGGAGACAACUAGCUCUAGAAGUCGCUCUACAUCUCACCCCAUGAGCACUACAAUGGCAACAUUGUCUGGAGUUUUGACUCAGGGAUUAGAAAAUGAAGACACUACUCCAUUAGAAGAGAAAAAGGAUGAAGACAAUGCAUCUGCAGAAGAAAUGGAUGAGAACUUUGUUCCCAUACAUGACGAUCCAACAGAUAAACCUGGCAUUGAAAAUGUCCCACUGACAACUUCUCGGCAGGAAUUUACAAACAUCCUUUCAACUGUGUUACGAACUGAUGCAACAGAAAUUAGCUUAACACUGAACCCAGAUGAUUCUACAUCGGAUGUCUUCCAUGUGCGGGAAUCGCACUUUGAGGAUGUUCUAAGACAGAAUGAUACGUUGGAACUUAGUAGUUCUAGGGAAAAUGUUACUUCUAAAGAAGAAUCUGUAGUCACUCCAGUGCCACCAGAAAAUUAUUUAAUUCUACAACCAAACGAAAGCUUUAAAAAAGAAGAAUCAGUUCAAAACCAUAUAUCAUUUUCCUCAACUACAAAGACAACUGUUGGGAUUCAAAACAAGUCUUUGGCCACAUAUUCACAUCCAAAUGAACGCUUUAAAGAAGGAUUGGUUCAAAACCAAACAUCUAUUCCCUCAACAACAGAGACACCUACAACAUCCAUCAUCUCUGUUGGAAUUCAAACAGGGUCUUUGGAAGCAAGUUCACAAACACCUUUUCUUGCUACUCACAAUGAAAACUCAUUUUCAAAUUCAUUUUCUAAGGAAGACCAAAGGGAACAGUUGGUUCCAAAGCAUGAACCUUUGAUUGUUCCUGCAACAUUUAUAGAUACUUCAACCACAAUUACAUCUGCAGUAACAACAACCAUAAUUCCCACUACAACCCAACUCAUUAAAAUAACAACACUACCUACAGCAACCACUUUACUUUCUACAACCACCACAACACCUGCUAACCCGUUAACUUCCAGCCUUCCCUUACCAGACAACAAAAUCCCAAUUUACUCAAGAAAUCCUGCAACAAACUACAUAGAUGCCAGACACAGUAUUAGAAUUCCCAGCACAAAUAAUAGGUAUCCUUUCUAUCACAGUAGAAAUCCUUCUGUAGUUUUUAGGCCCAAUAUCAUCAGAACACCUUCCGAGAUCACCUCAUCUGUGGAUUUAAGAUCUGUCAACAACAUCAAAUCAACGACAACACCGAAAAUAUUGACCACAACCAGCUCAAAUCCCACAAAUACCUCAAGAACCAGACAGCCAAACAACCAGAUUCAGAUCCAUGGGGAAUCCAUAAACAGACAGUCGAGCACAGUUCUUUUACCUCAACGACCCCAAACUCCAGCUGUCCUGCCAAUGAGACCCAGAAUUACUACUGCCAAACUCCACACCAUCACUGUGAAUGCUGGAACAGAUGUGCAACUGCUGUGUGAUUCAGUGGGGGAGCCCAAACCAUUCCUGACCUGGACUAAAGUUUCCACAGGAGCCAUCAUAUCAGCAAAUACCAGAAUCCAGCGGUUUGAGGUCCUGUCCAAUGGGACAUUUAUCAUCCACAAUGUCCAGCUUCAGGACCACGGCCAGUAUAUGUGCAGUGCUCGAAAUCUAUACGGCAUUGAUAAGAUGACAGUGACCCUGGUGGUCUCUGUGCACAUGCCCAGAAUCACACUUCCACGUCAUCAAGAUAUGACUGUUUAUCUCGGAAACAGUGCUCUUAUGGAAUGCCAGGCGCAGGGUCUCCCGACCCCAAACAUCAGCUGGGUGCUGCCCGACCGCUCAGUGGUGCGUUCUGUUAGCAGUACGGAUCAGAGGGUUAUGCUUCACGCAAAUGGAACUCUUCAAAUCAAGCACACUAACUACCCGGACAGGGGCAUCUACAAAUGCAUAGCAAGCAAUGUUGCUGGGACCGACAUGCUGUCAGUGAGGCUCCAAAUUUCAGCGUUGCCUUCCAUGAUUCAGGAACAGCGCUGGGAAAACUAUACGGUCCAUGAUGGUGAGGAAGUGUACAUCCACUGUACUGCUGAGGGUGCGCCAAGUCCAGCUAUACGAUGGGUCACCAUGAGUGGCGCACAAAUUCGUCCCUCACAAUUCGUCAAUGGCAACUUGUACGUUUUCCCCAAUGGGACACUGUAUAUCCGCAAUCCAAAAGAAAAGGAUUCUGGGAAUUAUGAGUGUGUAGCUGUGAAUUCUGUGGGUGUGUCUAGAAGAACUGUGAGUUUACUAGUGAAAAGAAAUUCAUCAACGGCCAAAAUCAUGUCCACCCCUUCACAGAGUACAGAUGUGAGCUACGGAGACCAGUUGAGUCUGAACUGCACCGCCACUGGAAGCCCCAAUUCCAGGAUCAUCUGGAGGACUCCAUCUAAAAAACUGGUUGAUGUACAUUACAGCUUUGAUCGUAGGAUAAAAGUGCUCAGUAAUGGCACCCUGACUAUCAAAUCAGUGACACACAGGGAUGAGGGUGACUAUCUGUGUGUCGCCAGAAACAAAAUGGGAGAUGUUUACAUUCUUUUUAAAGUCAACGUGAUCAUGAAAGUCGCCAAAAUCGAGCACAAGCCACUAAGCAAUCACAAGGUAUCAUAUGGAGGCGAGCUGAUGGUUGACUGCAUCGCUUCUGGUCUUCCAAACCCAGAGAUCUCGUGGAGUCUUCCAGAUGGUACGAUGGUCAACAACAUCCUGCAGUCCAAUGACAACUGGAUCCGCGGCAAGAGAUAUGUCGUGUUUGACAAUGGCACGCUGUAUUUCAAUGAGGUGGGAAUGAAAGAGGAAGGUGACUACACAUGCUACGCCGAGAAUCAGAUUGGAAAGGAUGAAAUGAAAGUUCACAUCAAGGUGGUGGCAGAUGCGCCAGUAAUUCGGAAUAAUACUUACAAUGUCAUCAAAGUUCCUUACGGGGAGACGGUCGUCCUCAAUUGCAGUGCGAAAGGAGAACCUGCUCCUACCAUAACAUGGAUGUCACCAUCAAGUCACAUCAUAUUGCCAGUAUCAGACAAGUACAAAGUCGCCAAUGAUGGGAUGCUGCGCAUCCAGAAGAUCCAGAGGUUUGACGCAGGGAAUUACACUUGCUCGGCUAGGAACGUUGCAGGAGUGAACAGGAAAGUUAUUCAUGUAGAAGUCCUUGUGUCUGGACCUGUCAUCAAUGGAUUGAAGAGUCCCAGCACCAUCAAAAGAACUGCCUCGAAAGAUGAGCAUGUACUUGUAGACUGCAAAGCUGAGGGAAAUCCAGUUCCACAGAUCACAUGGGUACUCCCGGACAAUGUUGUCCUGCCUGCACCAUACUACGGCUCAAGAAUCACAGUUCAUCGCAAUGGUACGCUGGAUAUCCGUGCUGUACGGAAAAGCGAUUCUGCUGUGUUUCUCUGCAUUGCACGCAAUGAAGGAGGAGAAGCAAAUCUCCAGGUUCAACUUGAUGUGACUGAAGAUAUUGAGAAACCACGGCUGAGAAGUUUGCCUACGGAAACCGUCCCAUUGACUGAUGGAAUACUAGUGAGCUUAAACUGUUCCAUAGAUGGAAAACCCAAACCAGAGAUCACCUGGAUUCUCCCCAAUGGAACGUCUCUCCUCAGUGGAACUGGUAUUUUCCGCUUCCAUCAUCGGCUUGAUGGAACUUUACUCAUUAGGGAACCUUCCGUUUCAGAGGUGGGCCGGUAUCGUUGCAUAGGGCAUAACAGUGCUGGUUACGUCGAAAGGACUGUGAUGUUGGAGUCGAGCAGAAAACCUGACAUAAUUAACAAGUACAGCUCACUGGUUAGAAUCAUAAGUGGCGAGAAUUUGCAGCUAAACUGUUUGUCAAGUGGAAAUCCGUUGCCCAAGCUGACAUGGACUUUGCCGAAUGGAGUCGUCCUAACCAGACCAAUGCAAACAGGACGCUACGCUGUUCUCAAUAACGGUACGUUGACUGUUCAAAGGGCAUCCGUCUAUGACAGGGGAACAUACCUCUGCCAGACUACUAACGAACAUGGAUCUUCAAGUCUGACAGUUUCUAUCAUCGUAAUAGCGUAUCCUCCUCGCAUCACCAGUGGACCUGCGGCAGUUACCUACACCAGACCAGGUGUGGCGGUUCAGUUAAACUGUCUCUCUCUCGCCACGCCGAAGGCUGAGGUGGUUUGGGAAAUGCCGGAUGGACUGCAGUUCAAGGUUGGUGCCCAGCCUCGUCUCUAUGGCAACAAGUAUCUCCACCCACAAGGCUCAUUAAUUAUUCAGAACCCAUCGAGCAGAGACAAUGGCUUCUAUAAGUGCACGGCCAAAAAUGUGGUGGGUAGUGACAGCAAAGGAACAUAUGUGUAUGUGUUUUGAUGUAAAGUGAUUCAUUUUGCAGACGCACCCAUAAAACUGCGAUUAGUUAGUGCAGACGAUACUGUUUAUACAUAGAAAAGAGGUCUUUUAAAAAUAUAGUAUAUGUUUAUUUAACAUUUUCUACUGGCUUUCUUGUAAAUAAAGUAUGAUGUUUAAUCCACUUUAAAUGAAGCAACUCUGGAGUGAGAAGUAUAUUGAAGAGCAGAUACAUGCGACGGCAGAAAGCUACGCAUAUGUUCACAAAAUUGGAACCGAACGGCCGGCAUACACAAAGCUCUACAAAUCUUUCACCCCUUGCAUUUUUGGUUAUUAUAAUUUUGGCCAAUCUGCCUGAUCUCAUGAAAAUGAAGUGACUGCGGCAACGUUGUUUUAAAAUAUUACGAUUUUCAUUGCAUAUAUCGCUGCAGUUUUGAGGUGAAAUGUCCACUGUGUGAUGCUAAAAGCGAGUUAAAUGUUCACCCAAGCAGAUGAGAUUUUCAAGGUAAAUGCUUUAUCUAGUUUUAAAUCAACAAAACCGGCCUCCCUACUCUAAACCUUAAACCUAAACCUAACCGAUAGUGUCAGAAAAAGCAAAUAUGAGAUGAAAAACACAAAGUGUCAUUUUGUGGUGCUUCUAUGACACUUUGGGCUAACAUGUGGACUCGCGUGUUCUUCAGGACUCGUAUCCUGCUCCUACACAUCAUAAGUGUAAUGCUCUAUCAGUCAAGCUACUGCAAAAUCAUGUUGUCAUCACAACAACAUUCCACAGUCAAUAUGGCCAAUUUAUACCAGACCAGCUUCUACGAUUGUCAAAAUCACGGUGACUGACUAGUUAUUUCCAUAGUUCAAAUGUUGACCCAAUCUAACUAAAGAGAUUGAAAUCUGCUUCCACUCCACCGGCACAGAGAGAGAGAGACUGGCUAUACACCAUUAUAUUCACAGUUCACACAUACCUUUGACGGGGACGCUGUCUUCAGUUUCGGAUACUUCUGGAACACUGUUGGUUCAACUGCGUGUUCUUGUGUAUCAGUCCCUCUUUUUUAUGUGUCUUAAAUCAUUUGACAGUCUUUUAUUGUUUGUGUCUGCAUUCAACAAUGUCACACAAGCACAAUAUGCCCUGUGUUUUAUAAUGCAUAUUGCAUUCGACAUUGUGUGUCUUGAAGAGGUAAGGGUUAACGUCAUUUCCUCAUCCGCAAUAAUAGGAUACAAAGCAAUAUUUGACUUUAUGACUGAUCUUUGAUAUCUUACCUUACUGUGAAUUAAGACAAAUUUUCCUCUUUUAAGAAGAAGAACACGAAACCCACGUAGGUUUUAAAUCAACGUUAUUUUACUUGAUUAGCCUGAUAACAUUGUGCAAACAGUAAAUGGUCAUUCUAUGAUAUCAUAUAAGUCAUAUCAUGCAAGUUAUAACUACUUACAUAAACAUCUGUACUUGUUGAGAACGGAACAUCUCCUUAUGGUUCAACAUGCGUCUACAAAACAACACACAGGCCCUCAUCCACUUUCAUUCAUUUCUAGCUUGUUUUAUUCAUGUUCCGGGGGUAAUGUAGAAAUGUGGUUAGAUGGACCGAUCAGACGUCUGCAUAUUUUCACUUUUCUUAGUGCAAAAGGCAAAAUGGCACGUUUACCUAUUUAAAUGAAUAUCAGAUGCCGAAUUAUAGUCUUUAUCAGGAAUAUACUUCAACGUCUGUUGUUGUUUAUGCAAGAGGACUUGCUAUUGGCUGUUGGUAUUGCAUAAUUAAUGAGGUACAUCUGUGCAGGAUUUGGGGACUGUUUGGUGUUAUUAAUUAACAUUUAAAAAUGAUGGGGGUUAUAGUUCUGUUUUAAGUUCUGUUUAAUGUUAAUUAUGUCAUGUUAUGUUAUGAUAGGGGUUUAUUUUUUUGUUACCAUGGGUGAGAUUAGUGUUCCUCUGAGUUAGCUGUGAUACUGUUUAAAAGAAUGAUAGUGUAAACAAAUGUUUUUGUAACUCUGAAUCAAUUAACUGUUUGUUUAUAAAAAUUAUUUCCAACUUCAGAGUGUUUGAAACUCCUCACGCUGGUGACACCUGAUGGUAAAAUCAGAUUUGGUUAAUUUGAAACGUGCACCAAAACAUUUGUUUGAGGCAAAUGAUUUUUUUGAGUUUCAAAGCGUGUACUGCAAGUGUUCAUUACUCGUUUAAAUUAGCUGAAGCCUGGCUUAUUGAUUGCUUGAGCAAGACAUAGUUUGAUCUUUGUUGUUUAUCAAGAACAGGAAAGCAAUGUAUUUGUUUCUGUUCAGUCAAUUCCCAUGCUUUACUACUUUUAAUGCGUGCGCCAGAAGUGCUCAUAUUUUUAUGUCAGCUGAAGUUCAUUUGAGGUUUAGCCCCCCCCGCCAUUAAUCACAUUUAAAUCCAUUCCUUAGAAUUGCACAGAUUUUCUCCAUAAACAGAGCAGACAAUGAAAAAAACAAUCUACAGAUUCUGUCUGGGCCUGCUGAUGGGAACAAAUGAUGAAUUCUGUGUGUCCUUCGGGAAAAAAAAAAAAUCCAUACUAAUAAAAUUAACUCAUAAUUGGUACACAAUAAAUUACUGUCUCAAAACUCACAACCUCAUGUGCCCUUGUCUACACAAGCAACGUCCUGACUGAAAUGGACCCUCAUAAUAUCACAAUGAAACCUUAUUUUUUACUGAAGUUAAAGUGUGCAUCACAUACAUAAUGCAUUUAUGGAACUCCCUUAUGAUUCAAACAUGCAUGUAAUGUUAUACGAUUUGAAAUUGCCUUUGCAUCUGAGCACAUCUGAUGCCAAAAAGCUCUCUAGAUUGGCAGAUUGUGGGUCUUAGCUACUGUUUAACUGAUAGGUGUUUGGCUUACAUGAAAAUGUAGUGGGGGAAAACAGUUUUAUUGAAUUAAAUCAGGAAUUUCUUCCAGUGCACAUUAGGGUUAGGCCAUAUGCAGUGUUUCUUAUCCCUAAAAUAAUUCUGUUUUCUCGCACAUAAACAACAAUGUACAGUUUUGUAAACAGCAACUAGCAGUAUCUUGCAUUAGCAUGGAAAUUGUGUUGAAAUGAAGUCUCUGUAACUAACGUACCCACUUCAGAACUGUCAACAAGUGGUGUCAUUGCAAUAUUGUACAUGAGAAUGAAAGGUGUUCACUUCUAAAUGCAAAACACAACUAAUUGAACUGUUUAAGUCUGUAUAUCAUCUCUUACAAUUGUUAACAUUUAUUUUCAUCAGCUUCUCUUGAAAUCAUAAUUACAUAAUUGAAUAAACAUUUUAUUAUUUAUGAA